GCUUUCGUAGUCAGACAAGAAUUUUUUUUAUAAAAAAUGUAUUUUUGUUUUACUUAUGUUUGGGUGAUAGGAAUAAAUCCUUCUGGAUGACAAUUUGUACUUAAAGAAAGCUAAAAGCUAACACUUUUAAGUUUCCGUCUAGCUAAACUUUUGUUUUUAAUUUACCAAGAUAAUUUAUGCUGGCGAUUCCCUGAUUACUAAAAACGUAAACAACACGUUUCAAAGAUGGCUAAUGUAACAAGUUCAAGAUUAUGAUGUAGUUAGCUAGAGUAGUAAAAUGCAAUAAAAUUUAGAAAUACUUCAUAAAUAACGCAAAAAUGAAAAACGCUUCCCGAAGAAUACGCCAGGUAUUAACUAAUAAAUGGGUUCUAUUUUUGUACCCAGUAUUAGUAACUGUUCUUAUUAUAUCCUACAUGCAUUGCAAGUAUGCACAAUAUUAUAAAGUUGACAAUAAUGUAGCAAAGUCAAAUUACGCUCGAAAGAGUUCAAUUGACCAUAUGACUAUAGAAAGUUACUUAUUUGUUCUCAUAAUGACUUCUCCUAAAGGUAAAACGAAAAGAAAAGCAAUGCGAGAAACAUGGCUAAAUAACAAACAUGAAAAUUUUCACAUCGAGCACAGGUUUAUUGUCGGUACAAAAGACUUAAAUACAAUUGUUCUAAAAGAAUUGCAAGAAGAACAAAACACAAAUGCAGAUUUACUAUUCCUAACUGAACAUAAAGACUCGUAUAAUGCUUUAACAACAAAGUUAUUAAAGUCGUUAUUGUGGGUAAAUAAAAAUGUAAACACAAGAUUUGUUAUGAAAGUAGAUGAUGAUACAUUUGUUCGACUAAAUGUUUUAGUAGAGAGUUUGAAGAAGAGAGAUCAUUUAAAAAGGUUAUAUUGGGGAUAUUUUAGAGGAAAUUCUAAUGUUAAAAGAAUUGGUCCUUGGGCAGAAAAAAAUUGGUUUCUUUCAGAUCAUUAUUUGCCCUAUGCCCUUGGCGGUGGAUAUCUUAUCAGCUGUGACUUAGUUGAGUACAUAUCAAGAGUUUCUAACAUGCUUCAAAUUUACAACAGUGAAGAUGUUUCACUUGGAGUAUGGCUUGCCCCAGUGAAGUUAAACAGAAUUCAUGAUAUUCGAUUUGACACUGAAUAUAAAAGUAGAGGUUGCAGCAAUGAACAUAUUGUAUCACACAAACAGGCACCUGAAAACAUGUAUGAAAAGUUUGAUAAUCUUAAACGCAAUGGUAAACUUUGCAAGAAGGAAAAAGAAACAUUGUACACUUUUGAUUAUAACUGGCUUGUACCACCAUCGCAGUGCUGUCAACGAGUUAAGCGCUCGCUUUUAUAGUUUAUAAUAUAGCUGUCGAUAUUGUGAAAUUUAAUAAUAAAACAAUGUAUGACAGUUUUGGAGUUGGCCUAAUUUACUGUCUGUAAAAUCCUUUAGAA